GCGGCCGCCGCACUCGGGAGCGAGAGAUGCAGACCCUGCUUAUCCGGGAGGAGGGAAGUGCGUCCAAACCAGGAAACAAGCUCCCGCUGGGCUCUCUUGGGCGCUGCCGCUCUGGUUUGCAUGAGCUGGAGGGCAUGCCCCCCUCCCCGCGCUAACGCAGCCGAGAAGACGCGCCGAUGUGGGCCGGGGUCGAGGGCGCAGAGGCGCGGGCGGCUCCGGGCGGGCGGGCGCAGCAUCCCCAGGCGCCGUCUCCUAGCGACCGCGGCGCGCGCGGGCUCGGCGGUUGUCCGGGCAACAGCGCGGCGCGGGCAUCCCCGCGGCCCCUCCCCUGGGCGCGCGCGCGACCGGGGCGCCAUGGCGGCGGCGGGCCUGAGGCCUGAGGCCGGGAGUCCGCAGUGGGCGCCGGCGGAGCGCGAGCCGGCGGGGGCCGCGGCCGGGCCGGGCGACGGCGAGGACGCGCCGGUGCGGCCGCUGUGCAAGCCCCGCGGCAUCUGCUCGCGCGCCUACUUCCUGGUGCUGAUGGUGCUCGUGCACCUGUACCUGGGCAACGUGCUGGCGCUGCUGCUCUUCGUCCACUACAGCGACGGCGACGACGGCGGCCACCCCGCGCCCCCGCGCCGCGCCCCCGGCCCGCAGCCCGCGCCCACCCCGGCUCCCCUCGCCCGACUCGAGGGCAUCAAGGUGGGACACGAGCAGAAGGUCCAGCUGGUGGCCGACCGGGACCACUUCAUCCGAACCCUCAGCCUCAAGCCGCUGCUCUUCGAAGUCCCGGGCUUCCUGCGCGAUGAGGAGUGUCGGCUCAUCAUCCACCUGGCACAGAUGAAGGGGCUACAGCGCAGCCAGAUCCUGCCCACCGAGGAGUACGAGGAGGCCCUGGGCACGAUGCAGGUCAGCCAGCUGGACCUCUUCCGGCUGCUGGACCAGAACCGUGACGGCCGCCUGCAGCUCCGUGAGGUCCUGGCCCAGACUCGCCUGGGGAAUGGACGCUGGAUGACGCCAGAGAACAUUCAGGAGAUGUACUCUGCGAUCAAGGCUGACCCUGACGGCGAUGGAGUGCUGAGCCUGCAGGAGUUCUCCGACAUGGACCUGCGGGACUUCCACAAGUACAUGAGGAGGCACAAGGCGGAGUCCAGCGAGCUGGUGCGCAACAGCCACCACACGUGGCUAUACCAGGGGGAAGGCGCCCACCAGGUCAUGCGGGCCAUCCGCCAGAGGGUGCUGCGCCUCACCCGCCUGCCAGCCGAGAUCGUGGAGCUCAGCGAGCCAAUGCAGGUCGUGCGGUACGGAGAGGGCGGCCACUACCAUGCCCACGUGGACAGUGGGCCUGUGUACCCAGAGACCAUCUGCUCCCAUACCAAGCUGGUAGCGAACGAGUCGGUGCCCUUCGAGACCUCCUGCCGCUACAUGACUGUGCUGUUCUACCUGAACAACGUCACCGGCGGGGGAGAGACUGUCUUCCCCGUCGCAGACAACAGAACCUACGACGAAAUGAGCCUGAUUCAGGAUGACGUGGACCUCCGGGACACUCGGAGGCACUGUGACAAGGGCAAUCUCCGAGUCAGACCCCAGCAGGGCACAGCCGUCUUCUGGUACAACUACCUGCCCGACGGGCAAGGCUGGGUGGGCGACGUGGACGACUACUCGCUGCACGGGGGCUGCCUGGUCACUCGUGGCACUAAGUGGAUCGCCAACAACUGGAUCAAUGUGGACCCCAGCCGCGCGCGGCAGGCGCUGUUCCAGCAGGAGAUGGCGCGCCUGGCCCGCGAAGGGGGCGCCGACUCACAGCCAGAGUGGGCUCUGGACCGGGCCUACCGCGACGCGCGCGUGGAGCUCUGAGCGAGGGGUCAGGCUCGGCCCCGCCGCAGGUCGCCCGCCGCUCACGGUGGGGCCCUGCAGCUCCCCGUCCAGCUUCAAGCCAAAGGUCUGGCCGACGUCUUGCCCGCACCCCCGCCUCCAGCCGCGACCAGGGCACCGCACCUCCAUCCGUGUUAUUUGUUAUUUAUUGUACAGACCCUGCCGCCCGUCAAAUAAAACCAACCGGCUGCGAGCCGGGCCGAGGAGCUCG